ACUUCUGGCAUAGCCCGCUAUUUAAAAUAUUAUUUUCUUCCCAUAUAGUUUACAUGCACGCUUACUAGUUCAGACGUGAUGAGUUUGCCCUUAAAGACGAUGUAAUUGCAGAACUACAGCAGAAGGCAUGUGAGAUCAGCAGCACCGUAUCAUCUGUGCCUUUCUUCAGUCAUGAUUUCACUCACUGAUCAACCACUCUGAAGUUUGAGCAAGAAGCAUCUCUCCACCAACAGGCCAUCAAAUCAGCAAAUAUAGAAGCGCACAACUAUGGCCAUGGCUUUGGCAAUAUUCAAUGAAUAUGCGGGGGUGCUUUCCAACGUCAAUGCAUGUCGCGAAUUCUUCAGCUGGACUGCAUCAGUUAUAACGGCCACUCGUUCUUCACGGAACACCUCAGAGUUGCCAGGUGAAGACAAGACAGCUGCCCAACAACAGACUGAAGAGGAAAUUGAGCGGCUGAAGGAUGAUCUUUGGAAGCUGGAGACAACAAUGCCCAAGAUGCUUGACCUCAUUGAUCGGGUCGAAUACCAAAGCCAUAAGAAACAAGCGGCUGAUCUCCUCCCGCAUAUCAAGGAUGCAGUCUUCGAAGCGGAGGACCUGCUUGACGAGCUUGAUUAUGAUGCACUCAAGUGGAAAGUUGAGUGCAGCAAGAAUUUGGGGCUAGACCAAUUGCGUGAUACUUGUCUGGAAUUCUACGGCAGUGUCAGAUCUAAUGAUUACAUCAGAAAAGUCAACAGAAUUCAAAAAAAUCUAGAUCAUGUCCAUAAGCAGUCCAUGGAAAUGGGCUUGCACCAAGCACCUCUAAAGUUUGAUAAAUCAGUUAGGCCAGAAACAACUUCCUACUUUAACUGUGAAGAAAAAAUGAUUGGCCGUGAAAAAGAAAUGAAGGAGUUUGUGGGAAAACUAGGAGUUCAUUCACGGAAGAGAGGAAGGACUGAAAGCAAAGCAAGAAUGACCCAGUUGCAUGUGUUUUCCAUUGUUGGGAUGGGAGGGGUUGGAAAGACAACUAUGGCCCAACACAUUUGCAAGGAUACAAAUGUGAAGAAUCACUUUGGCGCCAAAAAUAUAAUUUGGACAUGUGUUUCAGAUGACUUUGACAUAAAACGGUUAACGAAAGACAUUGUAGAGCGCCUGGGAGGAGAUGCUUCAUCUAAUAGUCUGGAAGUUCUUAUGGGUAAAUUAGAAGGCUGUGUCAAGUCCAAAAAGUUCUUACUUGUCCUUGAUGACAUGUGGGAUGAUAUCUUGAAGGAUGAUGGGGUGGAAUGGAAGAGGUUUUGUGCGCCUUUGAAAAAUGGCGUUAAAGGAAGUAGGAUUUUUGUCACCACUAGAUCGCCCGAGGUUGCUAAGCUAGUUGGCCCUAUGAAUAAUUAUGAGUUAAAGGGCUUAAAAGACGGGGUAUUCUUGGAGUUCUUCAAAUUCUGUGCAUUUGGAUCCAGGACUUUGUGCAACAACAUGGAGUCGUUGGAGCGCAUUGGUGAAAUAAUUGUUCCAAAGUUGAAGGGUUCCCCAUUGGCUGCCAAGACUAUUGGACGCUUGCUGAGAAUGGAUCUAAGUACAACACAUUGGGGAAAUAUAAUGGAAAGUGAACUGUGGCGAUUAGAACAAACAGAGACUGACAUUCUGCCAGCGCUUCGACUGAGUUAUAUGUACCUCCCGCAGAAAUUGAAGAGAUGCUUCUCAAUCUGUGCAAUGUUUCCCAAGGAUUACAAAUUUGCGAAGGAUUUUCUAGCUGACAUUUGGAUUGCACUAGGAUAUGUCGAGUCAGCCCAAGAAGCAUCAAUGUGCUUUGAUGCCCUUGCAAAUCGUUCGUUCUUUCAGAAAGCGUCACCACAUAGUGUUAAGUAUGUAAUUCAUGAUCUGAUGCAUGAUACAGCACAACUAGUCUCAAAGAAUGAGUGCUUCAUUAUAAAGCAUGCUAGUGACCUAGAUAAAGUUCCUUCAAACGUCCGUCAUCUGUCAAUAUUCACGAAUGGAGAUGUUCAGUGUUCUGAAUUGAAGAGCAUAUGUAACAAGAAAAAUCUGAGGUCCCUGGUGUGCGAUGAAUCAUACAGCAAAGCAAAAGAUUUUGAGUCUACGAUGGACUGUUGGUUCAAGGAACUAUUGAAAAUCCGCGUAUUUAGUUGUAAACUCUCCAAAGUAAGACAGCUACCUGAGAGCAUGGGCAAUUCAAAGCAUAUGCGUCACCUUUGUUUACUUGGAAGUUCUAAUUUCAGCACAUUUCCUUCAUCAGUUUAUCGUCUGCAUCAUCUCGAAGUUAUAGACCGUGGCAGUUCUGUUAUUGAAAUGUUUCCCCCAGACUUCAGCGAUGCCAUCAGCUUGCGGAAAAUCAAGUCAAAGAAUUUUGCUUAUAACAAGGGCCACUCUGGCAAACUCUCGCUAGAAUGGUGUCCGCAAAGUCCAGAGACGGCGAAGAUGAUGGAAGUAUUGCCUCAUUGGAAUCUCCAUCAUUUGCAUGUAGAGAAUUAUAGAGGUGAAUCUUGUCCUAGCUGGCUCCAGCCCAACCUCCUGCCAAUGCUACGUUCCCUUGAAUUUCAUUGGUGUGAAGUGAAGAGCAUACCAUUCUUUGUCCCGUUAGAUGUGUCACUUGACAGUACAUCACCUUCAGAUAACAUUAAUCGUCUUGAAGAGUUAGUCAUACAGUAUUGUAAGCAAAUCAGUUGGGAAGGCCCGAUGCUCUUGCCUACUUCUCUUAGAAAGCUAACCCUUGUGAGUUCGGGCUAUUCCAUGGAUCGCUUCGUGAGCUGCUUCCUUGACCUCACUUCCCUCACUUAUUUGGAAAUAGAAUACUGUGAAUCAUUGACAUCUAUUCCCCUGCAUGUGUGGAGAAGCAAUCUUCCAGCCCUGGAGGAACUAUAUAUUAAAAGUUGCGACAACCUUACAUCAAUAGUCUCGGAAGCAAGUAGUAGUAGCAGCGGGAGCAGCGGUGGCGUUCAAGGAUUCUCAUCCCUUGCUAAGAUAGAUAUUACAGGUUGCACUCAAUUAUUGAGCUUUGAUGAAUUUCUGAAGCCAGAUUGUCUACCUGCCGUGAAGAUCAUUGACGUUUCCAAUUACCUUUGUGAAGAGUUGAUGUCCCUCUCUGUUGAUAGGCUCGACGGGUUGCAAGAGCUGAAAAUUCAAUCAUGUCUUUUCAAGUUAAAUAUGAUAUUACCAUCCUCUCUUAAGAAGCUCGAUUUGGCUUGCUGUGACGGCAUAGAAUCCAUCAACCUCGCCAAUAGCCUGUUGGGAAGUUCUCCAGUACUUGAGGAACUUAGCAUUAUGUGGUGUCCAGGCCUCAAGUCCAUUGGUGGUGCAGCAGCUGUUGAUAAAAUAAAGAAAGUGAACAUAGUGGGGUGCCCCGAGCUCAUGGAAAUACAACAGCCUCUCUGUCGCUGCUCAUUAACCUUUUUGGUUCGUCUAGCCUGGUUGGCACUGCUGAUGAUGAGAUCAGAACUUGGCACGGCAUACACGGGGAACAGGUUCCACCGGGCAUAUAGCGCACAGAGGUGGACGGCGGCGUCUUCGCAGAGGAGAAUGACGGCGGCUUGCGCGAGAACAUGCUGUUGGAGGAGCCCGAGGAUAACAAAUUAAGGUCAAUUUGAUGUUCCAAUGGCUUGCUAUCCUGUAUCAGUAAUACUACAUAGCAGCAGCACAGUUGCUUGCUAUCUGUCAAGGCAGAGUAGAAGUUGAGCCUUGAGUGAUGUCAUUUUGUGUGUACCUGUACUUAUAUUUCUCCACCGAAGCAUGUUUUUCGUGGAGAAAUUAUAAUUCCUGUUCCUAGUCUUGUCCUGGUAGAUCCAUGAAAGACGCAGCACCUGUUCGUCCUUUGCUAAUUCUUUGGUUAUUUAAAUGAAAUGGCAAACUAAAUAUAGUA